GCCGCUUCUAGAUUCUCCUUAGCCAACCUCACCGCUCCUCUCGGAACUCCGCAGUACCCUCUCGUCGAUUCUGCUAGGGUUACUAGGUCUACAACGUAUGACGAAACACAAACGUAGCUCCAAUUAAGCAUUAUAAAGCAUCCUUCCUGCAGAUGGAACAGUAAAUAUCAAUCCUGCCUCUUCCGACGUCCUUAGAAAAUCCUACCUCUUCCGACGCCUAGAAUUCUUUCACCUAUAACAGCAAACCUUAUCCACCUGAGAUGCCGUAUUCAGACGAUACAAGGGGAGACAGGCUCUUCUCCUUUAAACAACAUGUCUGCGUCGUUACCGGCGGCUGCACUGGCAUAGGACUCAGGGUAACCCAAGCACUAAUAAUGAACGGCGCACGAGUCUACGUCGUAAGCAACAACCGCAAGGCGCUCGAACAGACUUCUGAGGGUCAUUGGCCCUCCCAAGGCGGGUCAAUUAUACCCAUUGCCUGCGAUUUGACCAACAAGGAGGACUUAAUGUACCUUGUAGGCGAGGUUGAGAAACGCGAGCACCGCGGCAUCGACUUGUUAGUCACUGCGGCAGGGUCUGAAGGCGAGCGCGGCACGACGCCUAGUAUGAACGCAAAAGAGUUGCAGCAGAUGCUGUUUGCCGAGGAUCAGAGGGAAUGGCUUUCGACGUUUAACACUAAUGUAUCUGCUAUCUACUUCACAACGGUAGCCUUCCUGCCGCUGCUCCAGAAGUGUAGCGGCGAUGGUCACGCUAAAGCUUCCGUCAUCAUCAUCGCUUCCAUGUCAGGACUCCAAUCCCGCCUAAGUGGCUAUUUCUCAUACAGCGCUUCUAAGGCUGCCACUAUCCACCUAUCUAAAAUGAUGGCGUACGAGUUCCAAGUCUUCAAUGUACGCGUUAACAGUAUUGCGCCAGGCUACUUCCCGUCUUAUAACGAGGGGAGACAGACGCAGUUGGUGCCCGUUGGCGAAGAGAAUGGCACUGAGAGCGAGAUAGCGCAAGGUGUGCUUUUCCUGGCGAAAAAUCGUUUUGUCACUGGCGAGGUUCUCAAUAUUGACAAGGGUGAGUCCUUGUGCAAUCCUGUUAACUAGAUCUCUUGUAUUACGACCUAGUAUAAGUAUGAUCAGGAACGGACUCGGUCUAUGCACACAAAUAAAUAGGAAAUUGUAAUUAUUAUCAGGAGAUAAGACCAGCUUUUCCACUCUCAGGAGUUGAAGUUGACCUUUUCCGUCGCUUGC